AUGGCAUUCAAGAACCAAGGGUCGGGUCCAAGGGCUUUAGUUGUUGAGGAUAUCAAAGUUGAUUGUGUAAUUCUCUUGGCUAUGCUGCGCAAGUUUAACUGUGAAACUACUGUUGCUUACAAUGGGAAAGAAGCUGUAGACCUUUUCCUUGAAGGGAAAACAUUUGACAUUGUUCUCUCUGAUAAGGAUAUGCCCAUCAUGACGGGCCCUGAGGCUGUGGCCAAGAUUCGUGCCAUGGGAGGUACUGAGGUGAAGAUCGUUGGGGUCUCAGCCGAUUUAGGUGGCAUGGAGGCAUUCAUGAGUGCUGGAGCUGACAAGUUCGUUCCCAAACCCAUGACGCUUGGAAUUCUGGAGCCUAUGCUGAAGGAGGUCAUUAGCAAGAAGAACAUGAGGGCAUAG